UAUCAGUGUUACUUUGAAAUUUUGUGUUGCAUUAUAACACAGAACGGAAGUGACUGCGUGAGUAUUUGUUCAAAAACGAAACUAACUACUGGUCUUGGUUGCAGUAUAUCAGAUUAGAGAAUGGCGGAACAGUUGUCAGAUAAGUACAUGGGUCAGCUAGAGUCCUGGAUUGGUACGGGACCCAAGAUCUUCACCCUUCUCUACCAAAUAACCAGGGACGGGUGUAACGCUACAACAUUCCACCAGAAGUGUGAUAAUCAGGGACCCACUGUGACGGUGCUGUACAACCAACAAGGAUCGGUGUAUCGGGGGUAUGGGAGUUUGAACUGGAACAGCAGCAGCUCAAAUAUAAAAGAUGCAAACGCGUUUAUCUUUCAACUAAGGUAUUCCGGCAGCGAUAAACCAACCACGUUUGCAAUAAUAGAUAAGCAUACACAAUAUGGUUUGAAUGGACAUCCUACAUCCGGGCCAACGUUUGGUGGUGGAUAUGAUCUACAAGCAUUCACUGGUACAGUGAACAGCUCUGGUGUUUUUUUCGCUUUAAACGGCUACAUGAAUGCACAUUCCUUCGACUACCAAGGCCUUACUGUCGACAAAAUAAACAAUGGCAACUUGCAAGUGACCGAACUAGAGGUAUACGCCAUAACAGGUACGGGAAUAUUCUGUAAAUAAUGUGUUUUUUUCCGAC